AUGGAAGUGAGGGACUUGGCAAGCACGGGUGCAACUGGUCCUCUACAGGGUGGAAUAACAGAGGAGGAAAUAAAGAAACUUGAAAGGCCUCCAGCACUGCAAUCUGUCAGUACUCGUGAAGAGAACUCUGAAGUUUCACAGACCUCCCAACCACAGACAGAGAAAACAUUGCCUAAAGCCAGACAGGAGAACCAUGAGAAGAAUGCAGACACUCAGAGUGUAUCAAGUGGAAGUACAACUACGAAUGAUGGUGCACCAACAGAAUCUUCUUCAUCAACAACUACUGAAGCAAAUGCUACACCAUCACCACAAGAAACUCAGGGGAAUAAUGAAUCUGAUAAUAAAAACGCUGCGAGUGGCACUGCACCUGAAGGAAGUGGGUCAACCAAUAAAGCAACUAAUGCAGAUACAACCACCACCACAACAACAACCACAACACUUCCUCCUGAACUCACAAACAACAAGAAGGGUGAUGCAGACAGCAGCAGCAGUAUCAGCAGUUCUGUGUGGGUGCGUGUUCCACUACUGAUUGUGGUUACACUGGCCUGUAUUCUUGUGUGCUGA